ACGGCUCCGUGCGUGACGGAGAUAGGAAACGGAGAGGCAGGACGGCUAAGCUGAGAGGCUGCCGCUUUAUUCCGAGAAUGACGAACGGGAUGAGGCGGCAGCUUUCGCUGGUUGAGGGAGGGUUUGUGCGGCAGGCCGGGACGAUGCGGGAAGGAGAGAAACAAUCGGCAGAUCGAUGUUAUUUGAAUCCAUUCGCUGGAGCUGAAUUUUAUCCAGAAGUAGAAUUACUUCAGCAUCUUGAUGCUCAAGACCCACAAAUUCUUGCAAUUGAAGAGAGGGGGACUAUCACUUCAAGCUACAUUGAUAAUGCCAGCUUCCCAACAAAUCAAGAGAGAAGCAUCAAUCACAACACAUCUCUCAAUGCCUCAUCCUUACCAAACCUCUCUCCAGAAGUUAAUCUUGCUGCUUCAAGGUUAAAAAUUCCUAUGAUUGGAGAGGUGGGGAAUACACUUGCAACUGACAUCAAGAGCACUAUUGCGUCAACCGCCCAUAAGAGAAGCACUGAAGACAGCACCUUCCUUAAUGAUCUAAUUGAAUCACAUUCAAAAGGCUUGCCUAAUGGAUGGGUUACUGAAAUCAGAUACUCAAAGAUAGGUCGCUCAUGCUACAAGGUGCACAUUGAUCCAAAAAGUGGAUAUGAGUUUCGAUCCUUGAUGGAUGUUCAUCGUUAUAUACUAACUGAAGAUACCCACCAGUGUGUUGUUAAACCCAAUAAAAGAAAUUCAUCAGAGACAAAAACCAAUGGAAGGGAAUUACAUAGCCAAAAUGUAACAAAGAAAGGUACACCUGAUUGGUUGCCUUCUGGCUGGGUUGUGGACAUCAGAACACAAACGGGCGGGAAGUGUCAUGGAAUGAAGAAAAAGAGCUAUUAUAAUCCAUCUGCUGGAUUGAGAUUCUAUUCAAAAGUCAAAUUGUUUCAGCAUCUUAACGCUCCAAAGGUUCCAAGUUCUUCAAAGAGCUUGCCGAAUGAAUGGAGAAUGGAGAUCAACAAUUCAACAGAAGGUACCUCAGAAUACAAGGUUCCGUCAUCCAAAAUAUUUGAAAAGGAAAACAGUGGUCCACAAAUAUGCCAUUUCUCAGAUAAUAGUCCUGGCUUGGAUGUGAAGACAAUGGCAGAUAUGAGAAAAUCAGACCAUUCAUCAAGCUUGUCUUCUAAAGGUGUAGCAAUUGAUACGACUAGUUGUGCUAGUUCACCACAUUACAAUUGCUCUGAUGGAGAAAAUUCAGAGCAGCUUAGAUUGGUCAAUGAGCUUAGUCCAGCUUGCUCUGCAGGUGCAUUGCCAAUUCAGGCAAUAGACUUGGGUGAGGAAAGGCCAUCAAAUUUAGCAACAGAAAAUCUAUCACACUCUGUUGGCACUGUGGUACCUGACACAGAAAAUGAACAGAAGAAGACUGUGCAGAAGUUUUCUGAACUUGUCAACGACGAUCGCUUGAUUGAUAUUCCUGUUCAAAUGCGGCAAGUACAUAUGACAGCAUCAGAGUUAGCACAUUCAGUAUCUCUCCAACAACAGAAUGAAGACCUGUCAGCUUUAGAUGGUAACUUGGCAUUUUUGAAAUUUUUUAAGACGAAUGAAGAAGUAUCUCAGCCCAUAAAGCGUAGAAAAAUACAUGAGUUGGGAUCCGCGACUUCCAUGGUUGUUGAAGCAAUCAAGGAGCAAUAUCAGGAAUCCAAACAAGCGGCUGCACUUAAGUGCUAUCAAACGAUUCAUUCUGGAGCAGUUGAACAGUCUCAUGGGGCAAAAUCAGAUGUUUUUUGUCAGCUGCAGGAAAAAACAGCUCCUAUUUUGGAUCAACCAGAACAAUCUGAUUUAGUGAUUGGAAGUUUCUAUGGGCAAAAAGACACACCAUUUGUAAAUCUUGUACCACUGUAUGAGCUUGAAAGAAGCGUGCAUAAUAGUGCAGAAUCUACUGCAGAUCAGGAAAAAGGAGAUGCUGUUUUGGAUCAACCAGCUCAAUCAAAUUUGGAUACAGGAAGUAUCUACCAACAAAAUGACACACCAUCUGUAGAACCUGCACCAUGGGAUGAGCUUGAAAGAAACACAUAUUGCAGCAUGGAAUCUUCUUCAGAACAGUUUGAGACCCAUGCAUCAGAAUUUGACAACUAUCAGUCAGACCCAUGCCUCAAGUUUGCUAUCAAGAUGCUUACAAGUGAUGUUCCAGAUUUUGAGGAUACUGACAUGGUUCAACAAUAUUUUUGAGCAACUGGAGCAACAAGACCACUAGCAAGAACUCGAUUUCUAAAGCUCCAACUUCAUUAACUGUUUGACCAAAUUCCAAAAAAGAAUGAAUAUCUUGGGCAGAUGGACUUCCAGCCCACAAACUUGUACUUCUUGAGGGAUCGGGGGAAAGGAUAUGCUUCAUCAAGAGUGCUUCCCACAAGAUUUUCUGCCAUGAUAAUAUCUGUUGAUAAAUAAUUUCAAAUUUGACAAUAUUUUACCUGUUUGUUAUGAUCUUUUCUAGCUAGCCAUUAUUUUCCAUCAGUAAUUUAUCGUCUUUGAUUAACCAUAAAUGUUUUCAGAUUUAUGUUAAACUUGUUUACUUAUUUUGAGAACAGCCGUCAUAUUUAGGCAA